AUGGUGACGCAGUCAAUCUCAAACCCCACACCAUCGUCGAUCCCCCCCAAUGAAGCCGACGAUAAUGUUCUUUCCAGCCUCCAUGACUUCAUUACGAAACACAAAAUCGAUCUAUCAAGCUCGCUCGAGUUCCGCCGCGUCCCAAGCCGUGGCCUGGGUAUCUACGCUACGGCAGAUCUCCCCAGCGGCGAGCGCAUUAUGCACGUCCCCAGUACGGAAUUGCUCACCACAGCAUCUAUCCCUUCUAGAUUUGCGAGCAAGGAUCUGAAGUCGAAGCUUCCAGUGCAUGUACUUUUGGCCGCGUACAUCGCUUUCGGCAUGACCGAGGAAAAGAAGCAAGAGCUGCAACCGUGGAUGGCGACGUGGCCUCAGAUGCACGAGUUUGUCGACUCGAUGUGUCUCUGGUGGCCGGAACGGAUGAGGAGACCUGUGACGUUGCAGACCGGUCGGGCAGCGAAUAAUGGUAGGGCUAUGGAGGUUAAAUGGGGUGAUAGCUCGGAGUCGGCAUCAGACCGGGCAAUCACUUUCCAGCCUGUACCGCAGUGUCUGACGGGUUCUUGGCUGCGAAGCAAGGAAGAUACGCCCUCUUCCGAAACCGCAAAGCCUAAGCUUCUAGAUGCACAGCUCGCCAAAUUCCACAAGCACAUCUCCCUCGCGUUUGCUCAUUUCCGCUCACAUAUUGGGGCUUCACCAUCGUUGCACGGUGCCUCCCCAGAGCUCACGAGCUUCAUCCACGCCUGGGCGAUCGUGAACACGCGGUGCUUCUAUCACCUGGCACCGGGAAAGCGGGCGCCGAAGGACAGCAACGAGGCCAUAGCGCUGGUUCCUGUGAUGGACCUGUUCAAUCACACCAACGUCUCGAAUUGCAAGACCUCCUACGACCGGAAAGGGUUUUACAUUAAUGCCGGCCAGGCCAUCCCUGCUGGUCAAGAGUUACUGCUCAGCUACGGCGCUCAUGGCAAUGACCUGCUCUGGACGGAGUAUGGGUUCACCAUGGACGCGAACGGGGAUGACAGCGUUGCCGGAUUCGACGAACUCGUGCUCGAGGGUCUGACCCUGGCGGAAAAAGACGUGUUGCAGGGUGCAGGGUAUCUGGGGAACUACAUGCUCACGGCCGAGGGGUUCUGCUGGCGCAGCGAAGUUGUGUCCUGGCUUGGCACCCUUUCGAGGACGCAGUGGCUCCGGUUCGUGGAAGGGACGCUGACCCCCGAGACUGCGGAUCGACUGCAUGUGGAGAAGAUGAGAACGGGGGCCGCUAAGAGGAGGAAAGGGAACGAUGCCGCUGUCGCACAAGGAGACGCUGUGGUGCCGAGCGCUAAGGCUCGUGAGAAGCAGCUUCACUGGCUGGCGCUGCUGAAGGCCCAGGUGGAAGUCAGCCUGGAGGGUCUGGCCAUGCUCGGUCAAGCUGCCGCUGAUAAAAGCAUGUUGGACAUCUUUGCAGAUACAGAGGAUGAGCUGACGGCACUCGGUUGGACAGACACUCCAAUUAACGACUUCAGGCGAACGCAAGCGAAGCAACGACUUGGGAUGUGCUUGCAGAGGUGGACACAGUUACUUGAGAUAUGCAAUGCCGCAAGGAUGAGUUUAAAGCAACGCCGAAGCAACAGGGUCUCGGAGGAUCCCAUCGAAGAUGUAAAGUCCAAAGCAACUUAG